AUGGCGGCGCUGAGUGGCGGCGGUGGCAGCAGCAGCGGCGGCGGCGGCGGCGGUGGCGGCGGCGGUGGCGGUGGCGACGGCGGCGGCGGCGCCGAGCAGGGCCAGGCUCUGUUCAAUGGCGACAUGGAGCCGGAGGCCGGCGCUGGCGCCGCGGCCUCUUCGGCUGCGGACCCGGCCAUUCCUGAAGAGGUAUGGAAUAUCAAGCAAAUGAUUAAGUUGACACAGGAGCAUAUAGAGGCCCUUUUGGACAAAUUUGGUGGAGAGCAUAACCCACCAUCAAUAUACCUGGAGGCCUAUGAAGAGUACACCAGCAAGCUAGAUGCCCUUCAGCAAAGAGAGCAGCAGCUUUUGGAAUCCCUGGUUUUUCAAACUCCCACAGAUGUAUCACGGAACAACCCCAAGUCACCACAGAAACCUAUCGUUAGAGUCUUCCUGCCCAACAAACAGAGGACAGUGGUACCCGCAAGAUGUGGUGUUACAGUCCGAGACAGUCUAAAGAAAGCACUGAUGAUGAGAGGUCUCAUCCCAGAAUGCUGUGCUGUCUACAGAAUUCAGGAUGGAGAGAAGAAACCAAUUGGCUGGGACACGGACAUUUCCUGGCUUACUGGAGAAGAGUUACAUGUUGAAGUACUAGAGAAUGUUCCACUUACAACACACAACUUUGUACGGAAAACUUUUUUCACCUUAGCAUUUUGUGACUUUUGCCGAAAGCUGCUUUUCCAGGGUUUCCGCUGUCAAACAUGUGGUUAUAAAUUUCACCAGCGUUGUAGUACAGAGGUUCCACUGAUGUGUGUUAAUUAUGACCAACUUGAUUUGCUGUUUGUCUCCAAGUUCUUUGAGCAUCACCCAGUACCACAGGAGGAGGCCUCCUUACCAGAGACUGCCCUUCCAUCCGGAUCCUCUUCCGCACCCCCCUCAGACUCUAUUGGGCCCCAAAUCCUCACCAGUCCAUCUCCUUCAAAAUCCAUUCCAAUUCCACAGCCCUUCCGACCAGCAGAUGAAGAUCAUCGCAAUCAGUUUGGGCAACGAGACCGGUCCUCCUCAGCUCCCAAUGUUCAUAUAAACACAAUUGAGCCUGUCAAUAUUGAUGAAAAAUUCCCAGAAGUGGAAUUACAGGAUCAAAGGGAUUUGCUUAGAGACCAGGGGUUUCGUGGUGACGGAGCCCCCUUGAACCAACUGAUGCGCUGUCUUCGGAAAUACCAAUCCCGGACUCCCAGCCCCCUCCUCCAUUCUGUCCCCAGUGAAAUAGUGUUUGAUUUUGAGCCUGGCCCAGUGUUCAGAGGGUCAACCACAGGCUUGUCCGCCACCCCGCCUGCCUCAUUACCUGGCUCACUCACUAACGUGAAAGCCUUACAGAAAUCUCCAGGCCCUCAGCGGGAAAGGAAGUCGUCGUCUUCCUCAUCCUCGGAGGACAGAAGUCGGAUGAAAACACUUGGUAGAAGAGAUUCAAGUGAUGAUUGGGAGAUUCCUGAUGGACAGAUUACAGUGGGGCAGAGGAUUGGAUCUGGGUCAUUUGGAACUGUCUACAAGGGAAAGUGGCAUGGUGAUGUGGCAGUGAAAAUGUUGAAUGUGACAGCACCCACACCUCAGCAGUUACAGGCCUUCAAAAAUGAAGUAGGAGUACUCAGGAAAACUCGACAUGUGAACAUCCUCCUUUUCAUGGGCUAUUCUACAAAGCCACAACUGGCGAUUGUUACACAGUGGUGUGAGGGCUCCAGCUUAUAUCACCAUCUCCACAUCAUUGAGACCAAAUUUGAGAUGAUCAAACUUAUAGAUAUUGCUCGGCAGACUGCACAGGGCAUGGAUUACUUACACGCCAAGUCAAUCAUCCACAGAGACCUCAAGAGUAAUAAUAUAUUUCUUCAUGAAGACCUCACGGUAAAAAUAGGUGACUUUGGUCUAGCCACAGUGAAAUCUCGGUGGAGUGGGUCCCAUCAGUUUGAACAAUUGUCUGGAUCUAUUUUGUGGAUGGCACCAGAAGUAAUCAGAAUGCAAGAUAAAAACCCAUAUAGCUUUCAGUCAGAUGUAUAUGCAUUUGGGAUUGUUCUGUAUGAACUGAUGACUGGCCAGCUACCUUAUUCAAACAUCAACAACAGGGAUCAGAUAAUUUUUAUGGUGGGACGAGGAUACCUAUCUCCAGAUCUCAGUAAGGUACGGAGUAACUGUCCAAAAGCCAUGAAGAGAUUAAUGGCAGAGUGCCUCAAAAAGAAAAGAGACGAGAGACCACUCUUUCCCCAAAUUCUUGCCUCCAUUGAGCUGCUGGCCCGCUCAUUGCCAAAAAUUCACCGCAGUGCAUCAGAGCCCUCCUUGAAUCGGGCUGGUUUCCAAACAGAAGAUUUUAGUCUGUAUGCUUGUGCUUCUCCGAAAACACCCAUCCAAGCAGGGGGAUAUGGAGAAUUUGCAGCCUUCAAGUAGCCAGUCCACCAUGGCAGCAUCUACUCUUUAUUUCUUAAGUCUUGUGUUCAUACAGUUUGUUAACAUCAAAACACAGUUCUGUUCCUCAAAUUUUUUUUUAAAGAUACAAAGUUUUCAAUGCAUAAGCUCAUGUGGAACAGAAUGGAAUUUCCUAUUCAACAAAAGAGGGAAGAAUGUUUUAGGAACCAGAAUUCUCUGCUGCCCGUGUUUCUUCUUCAACAUAACUAUCACGUGCAUACAAGUCUGCCCAUUCCCAAGAAGAAAGAGGAGAGACCCUGAAUUCUGCCCUUUUGGUGGUCAGGCAUGAUGGAAAGAAUUUGCUGCUGCAGCUUGGGAAAAUUGCUAUGGAAAGUCUGCCAGUCAACUUUGCCCUUCUAACCACAAGAUCAGCCUGUGGCUGGUCAUCUGAUGGGGCGAUCUCCAUCACCAAGCAUCGUUCUUGCCUGUUCUGGGAUUAUGUUGUGGAGCACUUUCCCUAUCCACCGCCGUUCAUUUCUGAGGGAUGGAGUAAAUGCAGCAUACCCUUGUGUAGCGCCUGCUCAGUCCUCAGCAGCUGCUGUCACAGUGAAGCUCUUUACAUUUAAGUGGUGGGGGAGAGUUAGAGAGCCUGCCUCGGGGGCAGAGAAAAGGGGAUGCUGCAUCUUCUUCCUCACCUCCAGCUCUCUCACCCCGGGUUGCCUUGCUCACUGGGCUCUGCCUAACCACUCAGGCUGGUCAGUGCUGGCACACAUUGCCUUCUUUUCUCAUUGGGUCCAGCAAUUGAGGAGAGGGUCGGGGGAUUGUUUCCUCCUCAAUGUAGCAAAUUCUCAGGAAAAUACAGUCCAUAUCUUCCUCUCAGCUCUUCCAGUCACCAAAUACUUAAAUGGCUCCUUUGUCCAGGACAUAAAACACCGUGGACAACACCUAAUUAAAAGCCUACAAAACUGCUUACUGACAGUUUUGAAUGUGAGACACUUGUGUAAUUUAAAUGUAAGGUACAGGUUUUAAUUUCUGAGUUUCUUCUAUUUUUAUUUAAAAUAAGAAAUUAAUUUUCAGGUUUAAUUGGAAUAAAUGAAUACUUCCCACAAGACUAUAUACCCUGAAAAUUAUAUUUUUGUUAAUGGUAAACAACUUUUAAAGAAUAAUUAUUAUCCUUUUCUCUACCUAAAAUUAUGGGGAAUCUUAGCAUAAUGACAAUUAUUUAUACUUUUUAAAUAAAUGGUACUUGCUGGAUCCAUACUAACAUCUUUGCUAACAAUCCCAUUGUUUCUUCCAACUUAACUCCUACACUACAUCCUACAUCCUCUUUCUAGUCUUUUAUCUAUAAUAUGCAACCUAAAAUAAAAGUGGUGGCAUCUCCAUUCAUUCUCCCUCUUCCUUUUUUCCCCAAGCCUGGUCUUCAAAAGGUUGGGUAAUUCAGUACCUGAGUUCCCUAGGUGGAAAUGGAAUUAUUAGGGACAUUGGAGUUGCAGGAAAGCAUGAAGCCUGUCCCCAGUUGUUGUUCUAGAACCCUAAAUCUUAUCUUUGCACAGAUCAAAAGUAUCACCUCGUCACAGUUCCCCUUAGACUUUACUUACAGGUAAUAUAAAAAAAAUCACCAUAGUAGUAAAGAAAACAACUGGAUGGAUUGGUGGCCAGUACCUCUCAGAGCCAGGAAUCUUGACUCUCCAGGAUUUAAACAUGCAAAUUUAAGGAGAUGUACUUAGCAACUUCAAGCCAAGAACUUCCAAAAAAAAAAAAAAAAAACAAAAAAAACUAUCAAAUCUAAAAUAAAAUGGAAUUUUGAGUUAUUAAAGUUCAAAUGAUAAUUGAUACCACUAUGUAUUUAAGCCUACUCACAGCAGUUAGAUGGAGUUUGCUAAACUAAUUGCCAGACUGUGGUGGUGGUGAUAAUGUGCACCUUUAAUCCAAGCAACUCAGGAAUCAGAAUGAGGUAAAUCUCUGUGAAUACAAGGCCUGCCUAGUCUGCAGAGCUAGUUCCAGGAUAGCCAGGGCUACACACACA